AUGACUGCGAUCCCCAACCGCGCCUCUGCCGGCCUUGCCUCGAAGGUGGUGGCGUCACACCCAGAGCUAACCGGCGCCGGUGAUUACCGGGAACGGCUGCUGGCGCUGGUGCGCUCGUCCCACUGCGAGCGCCAGCUGCAGACUUGGUGCACCAGACGGUUGCUCAGUCACCCGGACCUCAUGUACCCGGCCGACUACCCGCCGAUCGCCCAUCCAAGAGCCAAUCGACUACAUCCGGCGCGCUCAGAGGACUUGGACAAAUUCCGUCCGGUGUACGCGCCCAAGGACUUCCUGGAGGUGCUGACCCGUGUGGAAAGCCCCAACUACAUGCCAUACUGCGGGGACUUUCUGUACGGGAUGGUGCGUCUGCCGCUGCCGAUUCCGGAUCUCGCCGACCUCCGCCAGCAGUUCGAGGAGCUGGGGAACCCACGCUUCCAGCAUCUAAGCAUGUCUGCCGAGUUGCCGGCCGCGACCCGACCCCAGGUCACCGUCAGACAGUUUCGAGAGGCCGUCGGCAAGAAAGUGCUGGACAUGGAGUACGCUCCGGUCAGCCGAGACUUCGCCAAGCUGGGCGUGCCGCAGAGUCUGCGCGGCCGCAUCUGGGGCCAGAUUCUCGGCGUCCGCAUUGAGGAAAAGCACGACCUGCUGGCCGACCGUCUGGUGGCGCGCGACGUCCAGCUCACCGCCGGGAACGACGACCAGUACUUCGUGUUCGCCGAGCAGCUGCGCGCCACACUGCUGCGCUUCCUGCGGCACACGGAGCCUCUGGCGGCGCUGGCGAGGCCGCGUCUGGAGUCCUACACCAUGGGCCGCGCACUUCGCCGUCAGAUCACCGUGGCACCGCUCUGUUUCGUGUUCAGCGACGCCGUGGAGCUGCUGUUCACCUUCGAGCGGCUCUACGUGCGCUACUUCGUGUUCCUGCACUCGCUGUCCAGCCGGCCCAACGGCAUUGUGUCGAUCAGCCUGCUCCUGGAGCGCCUGCUGCGGGAGCACGAGCCCAGGCUGUGGCUGCACUGCCGACAGUGUCGGGUUCAGCCACUGCGCCUGGUGUUCCGCUGGCUGGUGCGCGCCUUCUCCGGCUACCUGAGCGUGGACCAGCUGCUCCAGCUGUGGGACAUGCUGCUGGCCUACGACUCUCUGCAGCUGCUGGCCCUGCUGGCCGCCGCCGUGUUGGCGUACCGGCGCGCUAAUCUGCUGGCCGCCAGCAACCAGCCGACGAUGGAGGCGGUGCUGGCUGACCUGUCGUCGAUCCGGGUGGUGCCACUGCUGCGGGCCGUGCUCGGUCGCUGGACCUCCUAG